CCAAACAAAACAAAAAUACCAAAAGAAAAUACAGAAGGAACUUUCCAAAAUACAUUGGUUAGUCCAGAUCUACAACUAUGGUGGUUUUGAGAAACCUUCUUCUUUCACUUCAUCUCAGCCCCUUCAGCUUCUUUCCAGCGAGGUAGUCACCCUUGGCGGCGAUUGACCGGAAUACUAACGACCCCAACAUCACUCAGAUCCAACUCACUGGUGACUCGGGAGUUCUCAGUAAGCAAUUUAAUCUUUGUUGUGUUGUACUCCACCAUGUCUUGUAUCAUUCCUUCUUUUCCUUAACUGUUAUUGUUGCAACUAGACGGAGAGAUCAUCAAUUUUAUCUUUGAAUCCCUGUAUGAAUGUUAUAUUUUAUUCCUGUGUAUGCUCUGUUCACUGAUUCUUGAUUGGCCUAGUUCAGGUCAAAACCUAAUUUCGUGGAUAAACGGUAGCUCUUCUAUUUCAAAAUCAAUUUUGGGGAUUUCUUGUUAUAUCGAGUUUCACGAUAAAUUAUGGCUAUAAAUCUUUCGAAAAUCUUGGAAUGAAGUUAGUUUUUCUGUGUUAGAGCCUUGAGGUAUGUUUUUUUUUUCCUUACAAAAUAGUAGAAGGAAUGCUUGAAUUUUAGAAUUUCUAUCUUCUCGAAUUUACAUCGUUUUGGUUCUAUAGAAUAAUCACUCAAGAAAUUCUGAUUUGUAUGUUGUGUUUUCAUUUUGAAUUGAUGCAUCUUGUUGAUGCAAAGAGAAACAAUGAAAAAAAAUGUUCACAUGAAAAUGGAAUGGAAGACUAUAACAGGUUGACCUGCAACCGGCCUCUAUUAAAAUUGAGUUCAUUUUCCAAAUUUUUAAUGAAACAUUAGGUGACAGUACAUUUAUUUUGAUUUGCUUGUUAUAUUUUGAGCUAACAUUAAUAUUUAAUUUACUUUCAUACGUGUUUUUCAUUUUAAUAGAUACGUAUAUGGUUGGUUAUAGUGCAUACCAAUUGGAUCCCGGUCCACUUGAACCAUCAGUAUUAACUCAACAACUUACCCAUAGGUCACGGGAUAUAUGGGAUGGAAAUGUUAAUAUGAUUUUAAAUACGAGGAGGUGUGAUGGAAAAUUUUGGGACCUCGUAAAGAAAUAUCCCAUUCAUCCACGAGUCUUAGAAGUGAUUGAAUUAUCAGGAUUAUAUGGUAUUUAUAGAUCAAAUCGACCUAGUAUUGAUCGUAGCUUGAUCACUUCACUAGUAGAGAGAUGGCGUCCUGAGACUCAUACGUUUCACUUUAGGACGGGUGAGGCGACAAUCACGUUGCAAGAUGUAGAAGUGUUGUAUGGCUUACCUGUGAAUGGUGAUCCAGUACUUGGUGAUGAGUCGAUAAGGACCAUAGGGGAUUGGCAAAAUAUUUGUCAAAGAUUGUUAGGUUUUAUUCCACGUCCUCAAAACUUCAACCGUAGUAGCCUCAAGGUAACUGCACUUAAUGCACAUAUGCUCGAGCAACAACAGUUACCUAACUUGGCAACACAAGAUAUGAUCAAUCAAAUGGCUAGAUGUUACAUGUUUUGGAUGAUUGCUGGUAUGAUGAUGGCAGAUACAUCUGGAAAUUAUUUAAAGCUUAUGUUCCUUCCUAUGCUCGAGGAUCUCAGUGUAGUUAGCUCUUAUAGUUGGGGUAGUGCAACCUUAGCGUGCUUGUAUCACUUUCUCUGUAAGGCCUCACAGAGUAACCAAAACGAGAUAGCUGGAUUUCUACCACUACUCCAGAUUUGGGCAUGGGAGAGAGUUACUGUCCUCAAACCUCAGGUAAUAGCACAAAGGGACACCGAAAAUAAUUUUCUUGCUGGUUUACCUAGGGGUCCACAUGCUACUAGAUGGUUUGCACAUUUUAGUUGGACUAAUACCACUAAGCAUGUGUUGAAAGUUUUUAGGGAUGCACUUGAUUCCAUGACAGAGGAUCAGUUUAUUUGGGAACCAUAUUCGGAUGACUUAAUUGAGAAUCUUCCUGACUAUUGUCGAAUUGGACGAGACAUAUGGCGUGUUAGAGCUCCAAUUUUUUGUUGGGAUGUCGUCGAGGUUCACUUGCCUGAUCGAGUUAUGAGACAAUUUGGAUUGAAACAAACGAUACCAACUCCAUUUCUAUUUGACGCCACACAUUUUCACCAUGAUCGUAGGGGCAGACCAAAUACAAAUUGGAAGUUGGAGCAUGCACAAUGGUUGCCUUUUUGGAACCAACGGCUUCAAUAUAUUUGUGAUGCACCGUUCAAUCGUGAACCACUUCGAUAUGAUGACCCUUACCUUAUUUGGUUCAAACGCAUUACUCGUCUUGUUAUCGGUAAUCCUACUCAGCGUCCUCAACAACAAAAAGGUUAUGUACCAAAUUCAACGGCAUAUGAAACAAUGGUGCGUCAUAUUCAUUCCAUGGUGGAUAGAGCGAGAGCACUUGGUGAUCAGCCAUCAAUGAAGGAUUUAUACAUAUUUCGUGCAAUGGUCCGGAAUGAAGGAGAAAAAUGCUUGACAUAUGUGCACGAGGCUGAUAGGAUUAAUGUACAAGCCGAUUAUAGAAGAGAUGAGUUACAUGAUGAUCAUUUACAUUCCCCUGUUCGUAGGUGAGGAAAAGGUGGUGUUGCUAGUAGGAUGGCUUGUGCUGUUGAGAAAGGACGAGUGCCUAUUGAAAUGGACGAAUCAGUCUCCGAAGAUGAUCACACAACUUCUGAUAUUGGUUCCAUUUCAAGGGGCUAAACUCAGGAGUUCACUCCUGGGGCAUCAGGUAUGACAUAUCAACCAACAAAUACUGAUAUUGUCCCAUACACGACGUCACAAAUAUUAAGGAAUCCAAGUCUUUCGUCACUUGAGAAUGUAUUUGGUGGUUCUCGGCAUCAACAUUUUAAGAAUGCCCCCAACUUUAAUUCAUCACCUGGGCUGCCAAUGUCCAUUGAGACCCCUGAUGUUGUUAAUCAUUUGGAGGACUCCAACAAUAAUAUAGAAAGUAAUGAGUUGGAUAAUUCCAACGAUGAAGUGGAGAAUGCAAACGAAUGUGGUGAACCAUCAGUGAAGGAGAAGCGUACGAUUUUUCCUAAGCGUUGUGGGACUGGGAGUCACUAUCUUCGCCAGCAUGGCAAAAAGAAACAAGCAAAGACAAACAAAGAACUGUAAUUGAGAGUUUAAUGAUCUCCCCUGCGAGCUUGUGCAAAGCUAUUUAGACGAAGUAAAUGACAUCAAUUUCUGGCGUUGGAUUUCAAUUUUGGAGUUUCUACUCGAGAGUUGUGUGUCCCGGCAUUUAUUGGACCAUGAAGUAUUGAAAGAGAAAGAAGUGAAAAAUCAUGUAAAUCAAUCUUGUAUUAGCUGUGUCCAAUUAUAUAAAUCAAACAUUUCGAGUUGUUUGAAGUAUUAGCAAUCUGAGCAUUUCUAAGUUAAGUUUGUUUUUUCCUCUA